AUGAUGGAAGCGUUUGGGGGUACGUUAAAUCCGGGUUUGGCACCUCCUCCAAUGCACAACUUGGCCAAUCCAGCAUCAUUAGGAUUAUCGGGAUUAGCGCUCACUACAUUUGUGCUUUCGUUGAUAAACUGCCGUGCCAGAGGAGUGACGAGUCCAAACAUUGUUGUCGGUAUUGCAUUCUUCUACGCGGGAGCUGUGCACUUGGUUGCUGGGAUGUUCGAGAUAGCACUGGGAAAGACCUUUGAUGGUGUUGCAUUGAGUUCUUAUGCCGGCUUUUUGGGCGGAUGGGCUGCUUUGUACGUGGAUGGUUUUGGAAUUGCGUCUGCGUACAAGGAUCCCACCGAGUUUAGGUACGCGGUGGGUAUAUUCUUUGUGGGGUGGUUCAUCUUCACGUUCUUUAUGAUGUUGAUGACCUUGAAGUCCACGGUAGGCUUUUUCUCGAUGUUUUUCUUCCUUUCAUGUAUGUUCUUGCUAUUGGCAAUUGCCGAGUUUAAGACUGAUGGUGAGUCUUUGCGCACAGCGGGUGGAUUGUUAGGAGUUCUUACUACAUUUGCAGCAUGGUACAACGCUUAUGCUGGUAUUGCUGACAGUCAAAACAGUAAUAUCACGGUCAAGGCAAUCCACAUACCAGACUUACAAGCCAAAUAG